CAGGAAUCAAUGGCACAGGUUUCCACGCUACAGAAAGAAGCUGCAGAACUGAACAAUACAGUGGAACAGCUGAAAAUAAAAAACAACGACCUGCGGGAGAAGAACUGGGAAGCCAUGGAAGCUGUGUCUUCAGUGGAGAAAACAUGCCAAGAGAAGCUCCUCUCAUCAUCUAGAGCAAAGGAGGCCCUGGAACAGCAGCUGGGAGCAAUUCAGGUGCAAACGAAGCAAGUCCUCUUGUCUCUCUUCCCCCAGGUCAUGUUAGACGGGGAACAGGAUCUGGAGCUUUCAUUACGAGAGGCAGAUGAGGCACGGCACACCCUGCAAGCAGAAUGUGAUCAGUAUAGGAUCAUUCUUGCCGAGACGGAAAGGAUGCUCAAGGACUUGCAGAAGAGCGUGGAGGAGGAGGAGCAGGUGUGGAAAGCCAAGCUGACUGCAUCUGAAGAGGCACUUCAGAAGUCCCAGAACCAAAUGAAGUGCCUUGAAGAAGAUGUGGAGAAGCUCAAGGUGGAACUCCAGAACACAAGCAAGUUAAAAGAGUACACAUCCCUUUUGGAAGCACAGCUGGAAAAUCACUUGGUGACGGCCAACUCAGAAAGUCAAAAUUAUACCAAAAAAGUGGAAGAGUUAGAACAACUCUUAUCUGAAUCUCAAGAACAGCUGCAGGCAGCCAAAGCAGAAGCACUCAAAGAAAGCCAGGAGUUUGCACAGUUAAAAACCCAGCUGGGCCAAACAGAAGCAGAUUUACAGAGCGAACGUGUUCUGAGGGAGACGUUGGCAGCCAAGCUUGAGGAAGCUCAGAAAUCAUUGUGCAGCUUGCAGACAGAACACCAGAAGCUGAGUCUUGAAGGGAACACAGCAGCCUCUGCAACAGAGGACCUUCUGCAGCUGCAGGAAAGACUGGAAAAGGAGAAGAAGUUAUCAAAGGACUUGGGAUGUGCAGCUACCAAAUUAAAAGAGCUUUUGCAAGUCACCCAAGAGCAGCUGGCCAGGGAAAGGGAAACAGUAAUGAAGCUGCAGGAGCAGCUUCAAGGAAGGGGAGAAACCGAAGAGAGUGCAAAGGAGGGGACAUCCGUUUGAUGAAUUCAAAAUCCAGGAUAUGCUAUUCACCGUACCAAAUGCCUUACACAUUCCUAAACUAUACACAAUUUGCUGUAGACAAAAAAAGACAUUAGUGACUAAAAUUGUAUUUUCAUAUCUUUAAAGGAAUAAAGGUACAUU